UUGGACGUUUUUCUUGUGAACAGUUUCCGGGUAGUGACAGAGCGGCAACGCUGCCUGCUGGUCGUUUUUUUUUGUAAACAUAGUUCGUUUUUUUAAAAGUAUCCCGGGUAAAUCGACAGUCACGCGGCGACAUGACUACAUUAGCUCAUUCUUAGCUCACACGCCUCGCUGUGGAGCGUGCUUUGUUGAAUUAUACACUCAUGACAAAGUGAAGUUUUGUGUGGAGACACCGUCUGUGAGGCAGGAUACAGGAGCAUGCGGCGCGGUGCGGGUUCUCAGCCUCAAUUGAACAAAACAGACACAGCAGACAAACUGUGUCCGGUUGACUGGACUCCAGAGGAGGAUGAAAAUUUGAAAAUACUGAUCCAAAAUCUGGGACAAAAAGACUGGAAAGCCAUUGCCAGUUUUUUUCCUGGAAGGACAGAUGUUCAGUGCAUGCUACACUGGAAAAACCACCUGAAUCCUGAUUUAGAGAAUAAUAAUUGGACCAAAGAGGAAGAUGAAAAGAUAAAAGAGCUGGUGGCCAAAUACGGCACCAAACAGUGGGCUUUGAUUUCCCAGCAUUUGAAUGGGCGGUAUUGGAAACACUGUUUUGAGCGCUGGCAAACUUAUCUUGACCCAAAUAUUGGCUGCAGUAUGUGGACCAACGAAGAAGACCUGAUCAUUGUUAAAGCUCAGUCUGUUCUUGGAAACAGGUGGUCUGACAUAUCCAGACUGCUUCCUGGAAGAACUGAAGCCUCUGUAAAGAAUCGUUGGUACUGCUACCUCAAAGAUAAAGCAGACUUGGCCUCAUUCAAAAAGGAAGCUGAUGUCAUAUCUCUUGAUUUUCAUCAGUUUGUGAAAGAAGAGGUGGACUUUCAGUGCGAUGUUGUAUUAGACUCUGAACCUGUCAAACAUGAGCUGCAGACGAGGCUGGACCCGGAGAAGAAACAGGACUGUCAGAAAGUUGAACAGAAAAUGGUAGUUCCACCUCCACAGAGUGUCCCACUAAGAGAGCUUUCUCAAACUCCCUCCUUGUCACUCAGUCCUCAUCCCAGUUCUAAUCCUAGCCCCAGUAUCAAUUCAGCAGCUGCACCAGCAGUAAACGCAAAACAGAAGAAAUUUCAAGAUGCAGCGUUAAGAAUGAUCGCUGAAGAGAUGCUGCCACUCAGUUUUGUUGAAGGCAAAGGCUUCCGGUCCUUCAUGAACACCAUAAACCCUGAAUAUAACAGGCUCAGCCAGCGUGCCAUGGGCCUGCAGCUCUACCAUGACGUCGAGAGAACAUUCAAGCCUCAGCUCAUUCGAGACCUUAAAGCCACCAACAAAGAUGGCGACGAAAAAAUUCACGUCACCUUUGACCUUUGGUUUGGAGACAAAACCAAACCAGUGGAAGAGCCAGUCAUCGUGGUGCAGCUUCACUUUAUUACUGAAAAUUGGCAGAUCAGGCGUCCAAUAGUAGCUUUUCGGCAUCUCAGCUGCAAAGACCUCUGCAGUGCUGUGGCCAGUGAACUGGAGGGUGUGAUCCUCAGCUACGGUGUUUUCCCUCACAGCAUUGGCUACAUCCUCACCAGUCGGGCCAAGGAGGCCCUGGCUGCAAACAAGCUGUUUGGUGACUACAAGAUCAUGUGCUCACCCACGAAAGGCGAGACAGACGGAGAGGAGAUGGUGACUUUUUUGUCGGACCGGAUGCCAGAAACGGUGUCACCCUUUUCACAGCUGGAGUUUGGGACCAAAACCACAUGUGUGGCCAGAAGACUGCAGCAGGUGAUCAUGGAGGCACUGAAGAACUCCAGGGUCAUAGAGAACCUGCUCUCACAGGUCCACAAUGUCAUAGCUUUCUUUCGAAGCAACGUCUACUGGAGUGAAGUGUUGCUGACAGAGUUUAAUGUGUCACUGUGUCCUCCUUCCACUAACUGUCGCUGGAACACUGUGAUGCUGUCAUUACGGAGUAUGGUCCAGGAGGCAGCAUGGACUGCAGUAAUGACCGUCCUUGCCCGGGCUCGUGUAGAGGCCACUGACAUAGCCAGUGUCCCGCCUCUGAUCAUGGCGAAGAGGGAGCAAGUUAUUGACAUCCUGACUCUGCUCCAGCCCUUUGAGGAAGCCUUACAGGUCCUUCAAGGAAGUGGUGUGAUGGUCUGUUUGAUCAUACCCUCCCUUAUUGGCCUCGAUAAGACACUGGAGAGCUGUGUCACAAAUUACACCCACUUUAGACAGGCUCUGCGCACAGGCCUGCACACACACUUCCAGUCUCUAAUAUUCCAGAAGGACAUAAUAUUAGCCACUGUGCUUGAUCCCCGGAUUAAAUUAAAGCCUUUUUCUGAUACCAAACAUGAAGACCAGACUUUGUUCUUAACUCCUCCAACAAAGAAUGAAGUCCAUGAGAUCUUGGAAGCCACACUGGAAAGCAUGACUGCCCUCGUGGAACCAAAACAAUCGCAGGCAGAGCAUCGACCAAAAAUAGAGCAGAAUGAUGAGAGUCCCACUGAGGACUUACCAGAGGCCUCAGAUGCCAGUAUGGAUGAGAACAGUGAGGAUGAAGGUGGUGGAAAUGCCCUCAAACGCAAGUCCAUAUUUAAUUUUCUCCAACCACCCACAAAAGUGAAGAAGAUGUCAGAGUUUGAUGUUUACCUGCAAGAACCGCUGUUGGAGAAAAGUGUCACUCUGCUGUACUGGAAAUCAGCUACUCGUUUCCCCCUUCUACAGAACAUUGCCAAGAAGUUGCUGGCAAUACCAGCCACAGCAGGGGGCUUUGGUAGACUGUUUCCAAUGGCAGCAUGUAUCAUAAAAGCCAGGAGAAACCAUUUAUCACCUCACACUAUGGAGAGGCUGCUCCUGUACAAAAACACCUUUAAGACCAAGAGUGUCAAAAAGCAGAGAACGGUCACUAGAAAUGAAUCAAUUAACAAGAGCCAAUAAACAUUUAACAGUAGCUGUGAGGUAUUUGUGUAGUACUUUAACAGUCUUUUCACUACAUUGUUGUUAAUGGUGGCCUCUUAGACUUAGCCAGUGUUAACUCUCCUCAGGUUAUUGCAAUUUCUCUAUUUCUUUAUAGAAAUUAUGUAUUCCAUGACUGUCUUUUUGUUUAGUUCCAAAUAAUAUAUUGUAAUAUUCACGUUUGCUCUUUUGCAGGAAUAGGAAUAUAACCAAAAUUCCAAUAACUACAACUGCAGCCAUAUAUGUCACUAUAUAUCUUUAUUAUAUUGCAUAUAAAGAGUUUCACCAAAGAGCCUUGACGUUAGUUUCCUAAUGGCUCAUUCUGUUAAAAGUAAAUAAUUUGUUCACAUCUUUCACACAUUUUAUAUCAACCGGCUAACCUUUAAGAACUAAGAUUAAAACUGAGACAAUAAAAAAGUGGAUGAUUUUGUAUUGAAGAAUACUUUAGACUUUAUUUUAUAGUCUGGUUGUAUUAUGUAUCUGCAUCACCUAAAAAGAAGUAUAAUUAAGAGUAAUGCUGUAGUUUAUGGUAAAAUAAUUGGUAGUUUAAUAGUU